CACACCUGACAGAACUGCCUUCCUUCAACAUCAAAAAGAACAAACAGAGCCUCCUUGAUGGCGUAUUCCACUGCCACACUUGCACAGGGCUGCUUUGGGAAGGUAUACAAGGAGAAGUACAAUGACACCUGGGCUGCAGUAAAAAAAGUACCCACAACUCUCAUCAAUGGGAAGGACCUGGAAAGAGAAUGUGAAGUGUACAAGAAGGCAGAACAUCCCAACAUUGUGAAGCUUCUGGGUAAAGUGUCUGUCAAAGACGGGAAAUGGAUUAUUCCACUAGAGUUUAUCUUUGGAGAAGAUUUGGAGACAACAAUUUUCAAAGCAUCAAAAUCCAAGAUAAAUUUGACUCCUUCAAAUAAAGCUACAAUCAUUAUCGGCAUGUGUGACGGACUGCGUCACCUUCACAGCAAAGACAUCGUUCAUCAGGACCUCAAGCCUGACAACAUCAUGGUGGAACAUACCACAAACAGAGCUGUAAUCAUUGACCUGGGACUGGCUAAGUUUUUCAGACAUGGGUUAAACUCUGCAGUAGAUGAUGGGAACCCUGCUUACGCUGCCCCCGAGAUUCUGCAAAGGGUCGCUCAAAGGAAUCACAGCUCUGAUGUCUGGGCCAUGGGGAAAAUCAUUGCUGAGCUCUGUGCUCGGGUGCGGCUUCCAACAACGUGCGUCUGUCCUGAAAAGAUCAAGGAGACGCUGAAGGAUCAGCCAUAUUGUAAAGCUGUGUGUAGGAUGGUGGAGCCAAACCCGUCUGUGAGGGCCUCCAUGGCCGGAAUUAUGAGUGAAAUACGAAGAGCCGGAGGAGCAGGAUUUGUCACAGACACCCCUAUUCAAAGGGAACUCAUGAAGCCACCUGCAACUUAUAUAACUAAUAGAGAGCAGUCCCCAUCACCAAUCAAUGGAGGUGCAAAUCUGCUGGCCAGGGAUCAGUUAGUAAGGAAUAGAGAUCCAUCACCUGGUAACAUAAACACAUCUUCACCAUUGCAGAAUAAGGAGAGCAAACCUAGACCAGAAAUAAAAAAUGUGAGUCGCCAGAUUAGAGUGCCCAUUUCUGCUGCUGCCGAGAGAGCAGAAGACAGAAAAAAAAAACAGGAACUGGUCCCGGUUGGUAACGCAGAUCUCACCAGUGAAGUCAUGAAAAUGAGGUUGCACCAAGAAAUUACUAAGGACCUUCCGUUCAACCUGCCAACCACUGGGAGGGUGAUGGUCCGAAGCUUUGAGGCGAGAGAUGGGAAGUGUGAUAGAUGGGAGCAGAAAGAGGUGGUGACUUGUGAUGGAAAGAUCACCAAGUUCAACGAGUUUAAGCUUGAUACCAAGUAAGAUCUGGCAGGCAAAGCAAGUAAAGUGCUACUUGAACAAGCAGCCGAGCAAUUAAAAAGGUAGAGUAGGAGUAUACUUCAUUGGUUUUUUUUUUUAUUUGUUUUACAAUCGAGGGAGAGAAAAGGGAGAAAAUUUAUAAGCUGUGUAAAUGUAUUGCUUUAAAUAGGCUACGCCUUUGUGUUUAGA